AUGCAAUCUGCAUCUGGACCGGGUGCCACCAUCGUACACGUUCCUCCAAAGAGUCAUACCAUCUUACAACAAGGUAGUCAGCAUGUUUUACUUGGAAAACUUGAGUCUUCUAACAAUCGUCCUCCAACAAGUGGAGUUGAAACUAGCCUAUUACAGGCAGUCCACUCAAAUAACUCCCAAACUAUAUAUCCUGCUCAUUAUAUUGAAGCUAUAGCUGAACAAAUGGUUUACGCGGGAAAUGGAGAAGGCGGUGGGAUUCUCGAGAUUAAGUCUGGUACGCCUUUAAGAAAACUAUUUGCAUCAGUCACGAAAUCUGUGUCUGGACAGUACCAAGAAUAUACACCGAUUAUUUAUGCUCCUGUUUCAAGUGGACAAACUUAUUAUCAAACAGCUAAUGGACAAGUUUUAGCUACCGCUUUUGGUUCUACUGUGACAGCUGGACAAGCUGGUAGUAGUCUUCAUGCAGCUGCUGCACAUACAAAUUUAGGCGCUGGACAUGCUCAAUUAGUUACGCAUCACGGUGCUACAUAUCUAGUCCAAGGCGCUCAACUAGACGAUGAUCCAUCAGCUAUUUCACAUACAGCAAAAGCUAGUCCCGUUACUGUUCAAUGGCUUGUUGAUAAUUAUGAAACAGCUGAAGGUGUUAGUCUACCACGUAGUACACUCUACUUUCAUUAUCUUCAUCAUUGUAAUGAACACAAGUUAGAACCAAUGAAUCCAGCAUCAUUUGGUAAAUUGAUACGUUCAGUUUUCUAUGGUCUGCGUACACGACGUCUUGGUACACGUGGAAAUUCUAAAUAUCAUUAUUAUGGAAUACGUAUUAAACCAAAUUCACCAUUAAAUCAUUUUGUCGAGGAUGCUGGUUUCUCACUUCGACAUUAUCCAAAUUAUCAUCGUCAAACAAUGGAAGCUGCAGCUGAAUGGAAAUAUUUUAAUAAUACUACUAAUAAUAGUAAUACUAGUAAUAGUACUGGUGGUGGUAAUUCAACGUUGAAUCGUUUAAAAUCAUUAAAUACUACUGGGAAUGGAAUUAACAGUAGUAAUAAUAGUAGUAGUACUGGUGGUUCUGGUCUAGGCAGUACUAUUAUUGGAUUAAACAAUUCAAAUAACAAUAGUGCAAAUCUUCAUUCUACAUCACUUACUACUAAUAAUUAUUCUCAGCUAUCAUCAUCACAUCAUACCCCGGGUCUGCUACGUCCGGAUAAAUGCUUGACAAAUAAUUCUUAUACUACCGGUAAUAAUAAUAAUAGUAGUAUUGGUGGAAAUGCUAUCUCAAUUUCUGGUAAUCAAAAAAUUGAAAGUAUAGCAACCAAUUCACUAUCUAGUCCUUUAUUACCUUCUGCCGGUCAACAUCAUGCACAAUUCCUUGGUGAAGCUAGUUCUGCCUUGCCGAAUUUAGAUGAAAUUUGUCGAUCAUCUGGUCUCCCGGUGCCUAGUGAAGUUGAUUUAACUAAUACAACCUCAGAUAGUCCUUCAGGUAAAGGUGGUGGUAGUCGUUUAAAAAAUGAAUCAUCAUUAUCCUCCUCAUCGUCAUCAUCAUCUACAAGUUCAUUUAAUGAAGAUGUUGUAACAUUCUGUCGUCUAUAUGCCUUAUCUGCUGGUUACAUGUUAGAUGCUGUUGUAAACCUGGACUUUACUGCAAUUGAAACAGUAUGGAAAGCUUUUUGGUGUACAGAAGAAGUACGAGAUUCUCGUUUAAAACAAAGUUUAUCUCAGGAACGCUUAUAUUCACUUGUAUCAGAUCCUGCUAUUUUACAAUUUGUUCGACUUUAUGAUCAUACUUUCUAUCAAUCAUUAGCUGAAGUUUUAAUUCCAAAUGUACUUCGACCUAUUCCGCCAACUUUAACACAAGCAAUUCGUAAUUUUGCUAAAUCUCUUGAAGGUUGGAUGCGUCAAGCCACGCUUGGUUUAGAUUCAGCUCUUGUUGGUUUAAAAGUCUCUGCUGUUUCAGCACUGGCACAAACUCUACGACGUUAUACUAGUCUAAAUCAUUUAGCUCAAGCUGCACGAGCUGUUUUAAAAAAUGCUAAUCAAAUUAAUCAAAUGUUAACUGAUCUUAAUCGUGUUGACUUUAAUAAUGUACAGGAACAAGCUUCAUGGGUUUGUCAAUGCAGUGAUGCUACUGUAAGCCAAUUAGAGCAUGAUUUCAAGAGAAUAUUACAAAAGCAUGCCUCUCUAGAAGAAUGGGCUCAAUGGUUAGAUACAGUAGUUACUAGUAUUUUACAACCACUUGAAGGUAAUAGCUUAGCCUAUACUAAAGCUGCACAUCAAUUAGUCCUAAAAUGGUCCUUUUACAGUUCAAUGGUGAUACGUGAUUUGACGUUAAGAUCAGCAUCAAGUUUUGGUAGUUUUCAUCUUAUCCGCCUACUUUAUGAUGAAUAUAUAUUUUAUUUGGUUGAACAUAAAGUUGCCGCUCAUUUAGGCAUGACACCAGUUGCUGUAAUGGGUGAAAUGGGUAGGGAUAUUACUCAACAACAUUGUGCUCAAACCCGUUUACACUUGGAUUUACCUAUUCGUAGUGACACUGUACGAUCUUCAAAAUCAAACAAUAUUAAUACUAAUCACAAUAAUAUUAUUAUUAAUGAUACAAAUAAUUCUUCAUCAGUAAAACUCUCAAAUUCUCUAGACUCUUCACAACAUCAUAAUGAUAUUGAUGGAAGUCAUAGAGAUGCGUCAAAUUCAUCUAAAGAAGGCAAUAUCAGUACUACUAAUAAUAAUUCAACUAGUACUGAUCAACAGGAUCGAGUAGAUGGUGCACUUGAUGAUAUUGAUGAUGAUAAUAAUGAUAAUAAUAAUAAUAAUAAUAAUAGCAAUACUAAUAAUAAUAAUCUGAAUACUAGUCCUGAUAUUGAUGAUUUUGAUGAAGAAGUUGAUGAAUAUUUAGAUGAUGAAGAAGAAGUGGAUGAUUCAUUCGGUGAUGAAAGUGCUAUGCUAAAACAAGCACAUGCAUCAGCACAAGCCUAUUGUCGUCGUAGUACUACUACUACUACUACAACAUCUGGCAAUAUUAUAUUUCAAUCAACAAAUAGUAUUGCUGAUAAUACUACUAAUGAGAUAAUAAUUGAUGGAAGUCAAAAGGAUACUGCUGAAGAAGAAACUCAAGGUACAAAGAAUAAAGAUACUGUAGGUGGUGAUAUUAAAAAGGAUGGUGGUGGUGAUAAUGAUGAUGGUAAUAGUAAUAGUAAUAAUAAUAAUAAUAACAAUAGCGGUACAAUUCGAAGUGACAAGACAUCAUCAUUAUUGACGGGGAAUCAAGUCAAUAUUCCUAAUCAUCAUCAUUCGGAGAAGGAGAAAACGACAACAAUUCGUAAUUGUUCACCACCAUCGAUUGUAACAAUGCCUACGCCUGUACGUAAAGUGGUUCGUGUAACAACAUUCUGUGAUUCAAGACAACAAAGUAACGAUUCAUCGUUUAAAAACUCUACUCCACUGACUACAACAGUGACUACACGUCCUAUUACUUUAAAACAGUCUUCACCAUCAUCAUUAUCUGGUUGCGGUUUAACUCUUUUAUCAAGUAAUAGUAAUAUUGUUAAUCUAAGCGAAAAUUCUCUCCCUAAUGAUCCAACUUCAUCGUCAUCAACAUCCUUCAAUGUAACUACUAUACCUACUUCAAUUGGUACUGCUAAAGUGACUGUAACAGCCGCCGCCGCCACCAGCAAUAAUGAUACAAGUUAUGCUAAACGACAAAAAUUAUUGUAA